CUCUCUGGGACUUUUCAGUUUUGAAGUAGUUUUCCCCUAAAGUUAACCAAAAUUUGUUUCGCCCAAGCGCUUGACUUUUAUCAUUUUCAAAUUUUUUUUUGUGGAUCCAAUUUCGGCUUAGUGGAAUCCCAAUCAAAUACAAAUUUUAUUCCGUUUAAAUAGUAAAUUUGGGGGAACCAGACCAUAGAGAUGCCAUUGUUUGUUAGAAACCUACCAAUGAUUCGUCAUUUGGCUAGACGCAGUCUUAUCGAUGGCCGACGUUCAUUGACCACCAUUUUGGGCCUGGAGAAGGCUCAAGGCAAGGAUUGGCCCGUGCGAGAGGAGAGCUUUGCCGCUGUCCAGCUCCUUAGGCAGAGGCAACAGCAUCGCCAGUGGAGCAACAAUGUCUAUCACCUGGACUCGGCCAUGUUUCGACCCGUGGUCAAACCGGAUGAGAUUGGAUCACAGCGUAACAAUGUGGUGGCUGCGCAGAAUGCGGCCAAGAGGAGGGAUGCCAAGUUGAUGCAGUUAGCGGAUGCACACGCCAGGGAGCAGCAGCAGCAGCAACAGCAGGAGGAUUAUGAGGAGCAGCUUGGUCGUGAGCCAGAGGCCAAGGAUGAAGAUCAUGACUAUGAGUCUGAUCUGGAGAUUCGUUCCGUUCGGGAAGCAGUCUUCGGUCCGCCGGAGGACAAUUACGAUGAGGAGCUGGAUCGAGCUAGGGAGGCGCAGGAACUACUCCAGCGGGUCACCGCCACCGCCUCUAAGCAAGAAGAGGGUCUGACACCAAGAAACUCCAUCUCCCGAAAGGUCAUCUCGCCGUACAACUCCUAUCGCAGACAUCGCACUCGCUGGGCCGAGUUCAGGCAUACCAUGAUCUAUGGCCGUACUUGCUACUAGGCAUCCUGAGGUGCUGUAUCCUUCUGAUGAAGACAACAACAACUUUACUCCAUUGAUGUGCAUACAUUGGAUACCGAAAAUUUCAUGUAUUUCAAGAAUUAACAAAUAAAUUAAGUCUUAAAAUAAGAA